AUGACCAUCGAAAGCCUUGGAGUCGGGGAUGCCGACGAUAGGAACCAUCCUGAUGAUGGUGUCCCUACUCUGGAGAGCCCAGCAGCCAUUCACUUUGUCGUGCGCCGUAUAUGCCCUCAUGGGAAGCAGGUGGGCCCCUUCCGUUGGUGCUUCCAGGUCCAUGGCCAUGACCACGUGGCUACCGUCGAUGCCGCAAUGUUAGGCCUGAAGAUAUGCGCCCUGAGCCACUUGAUCCACCCCAUUAUCGUCAUCGCCCUCCUUGAGGCCGCUGCAGAAGGAUGCAAGGUGGUGCAGCUGGUCCAUCGCGCAAAUGACAAGGCACCCCAGCCCCACCACGAGGCUCUUGUGAUCGCAGCUGGUCUCGCCCUUGGACCCAACAAAUGGGACGAAUGGGACAAAUGGGACAAAUGGGACAAAUGGGACAAAUGGGACAAAUGGGACAAAUGGGACCCGUCUGCCCCCCCCCCGGCCGAUCGGCGAUUUCGCUGUGUCCGUCUCAUCGCACCUCUUCCUGAAUUGGGAGGAACCCAAUGGAUCCGCUCCUCUGGCAUCGUUUUUUCCCCGAGCCCUGAAUGGCCCGGUCUGUUCGCAAGGCUGGAUGUCGUCUGCUGGCCUCCUCCAAUGCCAAUUCCAACUUGGCUCUUGACCAAUCCUUUAGGGCUGCGGCCGCGAUUCCUCCCGCGGUGGGACAAAUGUGCGAUAUUCUUCACGGCUCUUAAAAUCUCACCUCAGAUCCUGCGUGAAUCUUCAAUCCACGGGCCUAUCAGUGAGCAGCACCGUGGCAUGCCUAAGGGGCACGUUUCUGCACGAGUCGUGACGAAUCCUGAUAUCCACGGCCUAUCUCGGUAG